UCAUUUGUCAAUAUUAUCGUUAACGAGCGACAACAGCUUGUAAAAACAAUAAUAACACAAUACUGAGUCGUGUUAGUGGAAUUUAUAGUUUUUUAAGUCUUACUAUGUCUUAUUCCGUUACUGAACCAGUGCCCGGCUUACAACAAAAGAAAGUGUUCAAGAUUAUUGUGCUUGGUGAUUCUGGAGUGGGCAAAACGUGCCUCACUUAUCGUUUUUGUGAAGGACAGUUUUUAGACAAAUCUGAAGCUACGAUUGGUGUAGACUUCAGAGAAAGGACUAUAAAAAUACGUAAUGAAGAUAUAAAGUUGCAGCUUUGGGACACAGCUGGCCAAGAAAGGUUCCGCAAGUCAAUGGUGCAGCACUACUACAGGAAUGUGCAUGCUGUGGUUAUCGUUUACGAUGUCACCAAGCCAGAGACUUUCCAUUCAAUAUCAAGCUGGAUGCAAGAGAUCGAGUCGCACAGCCUCAUGAGCGCGCCGCGCGUGCUCGUGGGCAACAAGUGCGACUGCGGCACGCCCGAGUCGCGCCUGGCCACCACGUACGCGCAGCGGCUCGCUGACAAGUACGGCAUGCCGCUGUUCGAGACGUCGGCACUGCUGGACUCAGAGUGUGACAACGUGGAGUCGAUAUUCAUGACGCUCGCACACAAGCUGUACUCCAAACAACCCUUGCGAGUUAUAAGUGUGGAGGGAGAACAAGGUCCGAGGCUGGUCACUCUGCCGCGACAAAAACGAAGCAACCGCAAUGACACUUGCCCUUGUAGCUAAUUAUAAAUAAAUAAGAAGAUAUCCAGUUAAAUACUGGACAAAAGUAUGGAUAGAUGUUAAAGUCGAGUGUUAAAAGUGAGAAAUGUAUGAAAAAAUAUGAUAUACUGGUCGGUUUACGAAAUUGUGUGCCAAAAAUUUUCCAUGCGCCCUGUUGUUAGUUUAAGUUGGAAUUUAACGCGAUCGUAAUUUUUCCAGUUAAAUAAAGAAAAAAAUAAUAAUAAUAUCAAACUAAUACCUGAAUUGAUAAAAAAAAUUUUUGAAAGUAUCCCAUCACUUAAAUUUUUCCACUUAUUUUCUAUAAAAAGUAUUUCUGAUUCUGUUGAAUUACAAUAGUAAGUUACGACCUGUUGCGAUACGUCACCGUUAGCUAACAUAUUUUUGGUUGUUAAUUAUGCUUUUAGCUUUUAAAAUAAGGAAAGGAAUUUUAUUAAAUCUUUAAAGAUAUCACGGACUUCCAUGACAUGAAAGUAAUCUCCAUAAUAUAUUUAAAUGGUUGAAAACGAAAUAAUAAUUAACGGUGGUAUUUACGUCACUCUCAAGAAUUUGUAUAUUUUUAUAUAACACUAGCGGUCGGCCCCGGCUUCGCCCGUGGUACAUAUAUAGCCUAUAGCACUCAGGGAUCAUGUACAUAUCCAACGGUGAAACAAUUUUUGAAAUCGCUUCAGAAGUUCCUGAGGUUAGCGCAUUCAAACAAACUCUUCAGCGUUAUAUUAUUAGGAUCGUCGCACACGGACCACAAACGCCGCCAUAAGAAGCGAUCUCUAAGCAAUUAUUUUUAGCGUGUGGCGGCCGGCGUCUGCGUGUGCGCCGAGUCUGUAUAAAAUGUAUGAAAACUGACUCCUACUAUGGACUCUUAUGAUCUCUUAGGGUCGCCGAGGGACUCUUAGUAUCGACUUUAGUCAUAGAAAAUCAUAAUACGUUACGAACAAUCAAAGAGCUCAUAAAAGACUGUCGCACGAACUAGUCCGCCGAUAUUUUAAAUAUAUUUAUAAUAUGAGAGUUUCCACAGGCUUCGAUCGUAAAAUUAUGAGGUUACGGUUACGUUUAGGUGCAGAUUAAUAACUAAUAGAUUCUGUAGUAGAUAGUAUAUACUCGUUAUGAAAAAUAUUGUCAUUUUAAUUACAUAUACAUCAUAACAUUUUAUAGUAUAUAAUAUGUAACUUUAUGGAAAAUUUGAUAAUUGUACAAGGUUUUGUACGUUAUUGAUAUAGCAAUUAAGUAUACUUGAUUAUUUGAAGUACGUAACGGCGCCAGUUAACCGCCAAUUAACCGAAAUCUUGAUGUUUUUGUAUAGUUCUUAAAGGAUCUUUUUAAGAUGUUGUUUAGUUAACCGUUAUGUAAGUAAUGAUGGAAAUAAUGUCAUAAUGCAUUUUGAAAUAACGUAUAAUAAAUAGAUAACUACUUAUUUGUCUAGUAAUGUAAUAAUCACAAUGUAUUUAUACUAUAUGUUGGGUGCGAAUCGAGAUAACCUUAAAAGAAUGACUAAAUAAAACCAUAUCCUUUUCCUUCCCCUUCCUAGUUCUUUCCUUUAUUCUUCUUGCCAAUCCUUUCUUAACCCCUCCCCAUUCAUUAAAAGUCUUCCGAACCAUU